AUGAACUUCAACAAAUAUUUCGCUUUCUUGGCCAUUUUGGUUUUGUGCAUUUUGGGUCAACAAGCUACCGAAGCCCAUCAUCAUUUCGGUAAAAUCGGACAUGAAUUGGACAAGGGUGCCAAAAAGGUUGAAAAAGUAGCUUCCAGUGUCAAUAAAGUGAAAUCUGUGAUUGCUAAUGGUAAAACUGUGAUUGAGGCUGGUGCUGCUGUUGCCGGUGUUGUGGCAGCUGCUUAA